AUGUCCGCACCAGCUACUCCCGUCUCGGCUCAAGCAUCCAUUCGCAUCCGGCGUCGUCGGUACAUCCCAUCCCCUCGAGCCCCGCUCAUCGCUGCAUCAUCCGCACUUCCAUCAUCCGACCUGCCUCUCCGGAUCAGACAACCUGCCGAGCGAACACGAGCGGUCUCGGAAGGUCCUACUAUACGCGGUAUACGCGUCGCGUUUGCCGAGACGCCUGUCAAGCUACGGGAGCUGGAAGUGGGGUGGAGGGAACGGCGGAAGGCUAGUCUAGUCCUGGCGGAGCGGAUACAAGUUGGUACACCGGCGAGUCAGGCCGAGGCGAAUAAGGCGGCCAUAUCUAGGCACGGUAAGAAGGAGCGGGAGGAGGCGCAGCGAAGGGAGAAGCGACUUCCCCAGCUCAAGGCGGAACCCAAGCCGACUUCGUCGGUGCCUCGAUCUCGUCGCGCUACGGUCUCAGGCGAGCCACCAGCUCCACGCCGUGAGAAUAUACCGUCGGAUCGGAUCACCCAACAACCUACCAAGUCGAGAGGUAACGGUACCGGCACGAAAUCUGGAACACAGCCUGUCCCCUCGCCCCAGCUCGCUCCUCCAUCACCUCCACCCACACCGCCUCCCAUCCUGUCCAGAUCCAAAAAGCCUGACACAGUUCUGGCUCAUGCUCAGCAGUACACCACUCGGCUCGGGUCUCAGCCUCGGCCACCCUUCCCGAUCACCUCAGUUCCGCUUCCACCGACAAAUCGUCCUGUUCCCCUCACCGCCCGCUCGCCCGAUACCAUCCAUAUCCACCCCGCUGAAUCAUUGGUCGGUAUCACUCUCCGCCUCGGCCGUACCUCCCAGAGUAUUACCAUCACCCAAGACGGGCGAGUCAUCACCUUCUCAGCGCAACCCGUCCAGGCGUCUCCGCGCCAACUCCGCCUGAGUAACUGGGCAAAUUGGUCAGAGGAGGACAGGAGGGACUGGGACAUAGUCCGGCGCUUGAUAGAGGGAUACAAGCGGCAUACACCCAAACUAGGUCAGGCUAUACCUACCUCUCGGACAUCUCACUAUCACCUGCUCGAGCCCACCGGACAUUCUGCUCAUCUUCGAUCACGCGUCUAUGUCGUCACCUGA